AUGAGCGACAGAAAGCUCCAACAACCUCAAUAUCAACAACAACGAUCACAACAAAAUGACAAGAAGCAUCGAAACGUAACAGAGUAUUUGCAGAACAAUGCGAACAAUACACAAUCGAGAGAAAAUAAACAAAAACAUGAACAACAAUCAACAAAUGUCUACUCGUUCUGUGGCGAACGAUGUGUGACGUCAGCACGUGGUGAUAUUUGCAAGGACAUGAAACAACAACAACAACAACAACAGCAACAUUGUUGUCGAGAGAUGAUUAGCUCACCAACCUCUCAUUCAUUGAAUUUGAAUUUAAUUAAUCAACCAAAUACUGAUUCAUCAAAAGAUUUCAUUAAUGCAAUGGGCGGCCAAAUUGUCUUCAACAGCAACAAUCCGUUUCUCAAUGACACAUUUGAUGCAAUAACAACGCAUGAAGAUGAGGGAGGUGGAGAGGGUGGAAAAAUUGACACAAAUUUCUUUGAUAUUGAUGAUACGGAUUUACUGGUGUUCACACAACAGUCAACUGAGAAGAAAACAUGUGAAGAGAUGGACGAGCAGCUGUUAAAGAAUAAACGAGAAAAAUUUUCCAAUACUUCAACUAUGAAAAUUUGCUUGGUCGUCUCGCCGCCAACAAAUAAAUUAUUUCAACUCAAAUCAAAAAGUUUAACCCACCUGGAUCGUUUGAAUCCGCAAAUAAAUAUUUCAUCAAAUGAUCUCACAGCGGGAAAGAUUAAGAAAAAGUCUUCUUCGUUUCUACAUCGCGAUUACAAUCGGAAGCCGAUACUAGCAAGAAGUCAAGUGUCAAGCUCAGAAUACUUUUCUGUUUGCUUUGAUACAGAGAAUGGAUUUAAAGAUAAGGAUGAGAUAUUUAUUGCUGCUUCAAAAGGAAUUGCUUUAGGAGACUCAUUACGCCAGGCAAUGCUUCAGCGGAACUUGAGCUUCUCGCAAAUAAGUGUAAUUGAUUAUGGUGUGAAUAAUUCAAACGAAUUGGGUAUUCCACAAUAUUUUGGGCCUUUGGAAAUAAACACCGACAUCAGUGUAUUGGCAGGUCAUUCACUACUUAUCACUGAAAAGGAUAACGUAUCAAAGAAAUCGGGUCAUUAUGUUUUGAAAAAGGCUGCAUCAGUUGGAUAUCGAUCGACAACAAGUCGACUUUUUACAUCGACAUCAACUGAUGAGUGUAAUGAAUCAAGUGAUGGUAAAGCAACGAAGCAAACAAAACAACGAUGGUCGUUGCAACUUUUUGGAGUGAAGAAUCCACAACAAAAUCAACUUUGUGAGCUUUUAAAUACUUACAUGAGGAGUGGCGUACCAAAAUCGAAGUCUUCGUAUAUCAACUCUGAAUACUCUGAUGAAGCUCUCGAUGCUUUGUACGGUUUGCCUCAAUCGUGGAGGGAUUUUGUGAAUGCGAAUGAGAUGACAGAGCUUGAUAUGAAAAUUCAAUCUGCCAUUUGGGAGUUGGUGACAACAGAGGUGGAUUAUAUUCACGCAUUGCAGACAGUUACUGACCUAUUUCUGUCGUGCCUGGAGGGAAUUCAGUCAGAAAGCCUUCUAAAGGAAAUCGAUCAACAUAAACUAUUCUCAAAUAUUCGUGACAUUUGUGAUGCUAAUCUAAAGCUUUGGUCGCUUUAUUUAUAUCCAAUGGUUAAGCACAGCAUGUUGACGGGACACUUAAUGUGCAUCGAUUAUUUUCAACAAGGUUUCACCAAUUUUGCGACGAUUUUCGAACCUUAUGCGAAGUAUUGUGCCGAACAGGUGUUGUGUCAGAAUUAUUGCAAGGAUUUGAAUCGAAACAAUGCUCUUUUUACAACAUAUUUAGCAUGGUGUGAAUCACAAAAGGAAUGUAAUAGAUUAAAACUUGCUGAUAUUUUGGUGCGGCCUAUGCAACGAUUGACCAAGUAUUCACUACUUUUAUCUGCAAUACGAAAACAUAUAUCAGAGGAGAAUGAAGCUGAGAUAAUGGACGCAAUGAUUCAUUCUGUUGAUGAUUUUGUUUGCAGCGUGAAUUCACAUUUGACAACACGACAAGAGAGUGAACGACUCAAAGGCAUCAUGGCGCGCAUUGAAAGUUAUGAUGUUGUGGACUCAAGCAAUGAGAGUUUGGAGAAGUUUAUCAAACAAUAUAGUCAGAUGUUUGAUCUGUGUUCGCCUAUGAAAGGUUGUGUGCUUAACCAGGGUCGAUAUUUGUUCCUUGAGGGCGACAUGAAGUACAAGGAUAACGUCAGUAAGAUGGAUGUUCAUUGUUUUCUUUUGACCGACAUUCUUCUAGUUUGUAAGCAAACCGUCAAGAAAGGUCACGGGAAUCUAAAGGUGGUGCGGCAACCUUUUGUGACAGAUCGAUUAGUGAUCAAAUUGAAGGAGAAAGAGAACGCCGUUCACUGUGUUUAUUUAAACGACUUUAAUAUGGUUGUAGCCGCAUUUGCGCUUCAGUGCAAUGGUGCGAAAAAUUGGUAUGACGGAAUUAACAAAGCACGUCACAUUUAUUCGAAGUUGAAACAAGAUUUUGAUGGUGCUUCACUUCGUGUGUUACCACAACAACAUAAUCAAGUCAACACUGAUAGCCUAACUAUAAGGAAAUCCCCUUUGGGAAGCUCAAUUGUUUCGAGUGUGAAUAAUAGUCAUAGCGGCUCCGUAGAUCUCAACGAGUCGAAAACAGUAUCAGUGGAUUUUGAGAAGACGAAUUCCAUAUCAAGUGAUGAAGGUUCUUAUAAUUUGCACAAUAAACAUCCGACGGCGAGUGUUAGCCGAAAAUUGCGUCAAACUUCAUCCAACUCUUUAACUGUACAGUCGUUUAGUAAUCAUUUGAACCAGUCCAUGCCUAAUCUUUCAAGUGGUCCUUAUCAUGCUUAUUCUAAUAAUACGUUACUGGUGCCUGGCGCUCCAAAGAGUCAAUCAGCUCAUUCUAGUCACUCCGGAAAUUUGCUAUCGCCUAGUCAGCGAGGCAUUUCUUACCCUCCGCCAUCUCCAACAAGAGCAACCCUUCGACGUGGUUUCGCAUUUUCAACAUCUAUUAACAAUAAAAAUCCUCCGCUAAUUAAAUCUCGUAACGUCACAUCACUCAACUGGGCGCAUCAACAAAGCAUGGCAGCAGCAGCAGCAGCAGGAACUGCUAGCAACCAGCCAAGUCAUAUUCAAGUUGUAUACGAACCAAUGCAAACGAACAACGACACAAAACUUAGAUCAGAAACGAAUACCAGCGAUACAUAAUAUUUGCUUAAACUUAGAAAUCUUUUUAAAAAAUAGUUCAAGUCAACUUCGAUUUUAUUGUGAAGAAAACAAAAAAAUAAGAAGGGAAAGAAAAACUUGUUAAAACUUUUAAUGUUGAACUUUGAUGAUGAGAGUGAAGAAAGAAGAAAUGUUCAUGUUAUUGUCCUAUCCUUUAGUGGAUUGUUAGAGAUCAUUGGCUGCUGAACAUAUCCCCCCAAUAAGUAUUUUUGAACGAGUCUUUUAACGAAUGAUACGAAAGAAUUAAUUGACAAGUUAAACUUCGAUUUUGAGAAAAAAAUAUAAAAAAAACUUUAUUUUGGAUCUUUGUGAAACAAAAACAAAAUAUCAAAUUGUGAAAAUAAGAAAAUUUUCUGGGAGAAAACGAAAUUAAAAAACAAGAAAACAUUUUGACGAUUUUCUCUCUUUUUUUGUACUUGAACCAAGCAAUAAUAUUCGUAGUGUUUUAAAUAAAUAAAAUAAUUAAUAGUAAUAAAAAUAUCUAAUGAUAAAGAAGAAGAAGAAAUGAAGAUAUUUACAAUCAUGAGAUAAAAUAUUGGUGAAAAAAAUAAAUAGAAAAAAAUUUGUAGCAACAUUCCAAACAUGUACGAAGACGUAUUUUAGUUUAACAUUGUUUUCUUCUCGGUCUUCAACACACGACGACGACAACGAGAUGAAAGUAAAAGUGCUGUAAAAACAAAUAAUCGUAGAUGUAAGAGAUAGAGAGCUAAAUAAAAAUGAAGAUAAAACCCCUAGGAACGAGUGAAAAUGUUGAAAAGUUUCUGAAAAUGAUGUUAAAAAAGACUUAAUUAAAGAAUAUUUUUCUGGAUUCACGUUGUGACGUAAUGAGAGCUUUAAAUCAUGAAGUGUUCAUAAGUUUUGUCAUCACAACUUCCUAGGAAGCAUUUAUGAACAUUCAAAGAUUCUCUGCUCUAUUUUUUAGUUAAAUAUCUAAAUUGUAAAUGAAGUGACACGAAAAAUGAAAAUUAACGCUUUAAUCAAAGAAAAUAAAAAAUUGUAAGAAUCGUUGAAAAGAUUCUGAAUAUGGCACUAAAAUGAAAUCAACCAUGUGAGACUCAAAUUAUAAUUUAUAAAAAAGAAGUUACCAACAUAACAAAUUUUAAUUUAUUUAUUUCAAGAAUAUUUCUUCAUAAGUUUCUUUGAGAAGAAGACUUGAAAAGCUCAAUUCAUCUUUGAUAAGCGCAUAUGUUGUUAGUUAAGAUUACCCAUGAGAAUGUUUUUCAAUUUCAAUCAACAUCUGAAAUGAAACAAGUCAGAAACACUUUAAAACUUCUCGUGAAGAAAAAUCUUGCGAAGUCUUGACGACGACGAAAGAAAAGUCAAUAAACAAUUUAUUUGAAAAGUGAAAAGUGAAAACAAAUUAUGAUGAUAAAGUCUUCAGUUUUAUUAAAGAAAUUUAAUAAUACUUUAAAAGAAAGUUUUUCGCCUUCCUCACCCUUCCCAAAAAUUGUCAAGGAGAGGAAACAAAUUAAAAUUCUUCUUUCGAAUCCUUUCGUCUCGUUAUUUGUAAACAUUUAAACUCAAACAAGAAUUCAAUGAUUUCACUUUCCAAAGAUUAAUUUCCUUUGUGAUGAUUUUAAUUGUGUGGAAAAACUUUUGACACAAACUUGUCACCCGAUUAAAAUGUCCUUGGAAUAGAGGGGCUCAAUUUGGGACAUUUUAUUCUGAUUUGUGAUGAGUUUAAUGAAUAAUUUCACAUAAAUUCCACUUUGGGUUGUUGUCUGCAAUAACUUUCUGUUCCAUUUUUUUGUUUUCCCUUUGUUAUUAUUAAAAGGAUGAAAAAAAAAACAUAAUUAGUGAUAAAGAAAAAGAAUGUUUUCUCAUGAAUUUUAAACAUUUUGAAAUAUUUAUUUAUGUAUUCAUUUAAUAAAAAAAAAUCUAGAGAUUUAUUAACAUAAUAAAGCCAUAAACAAUAGUGCAAACAACGCAAC